UGAAGGUCAUCAAUUCACCAAACCAGCUGGUUCCGAAGCCUCAACCCUAAAUCGCAUUGGUUCAGUGGUGGGUGCGCGGCGCUCGAGGGAUCUUCGUCGGUGAUCGGCUCUCGAUAACAUAAUUGCGUUGGCAUAGUUAGUUGUGUUAGUAGUACACAGUAUUAUCAGUUUCAACCAUGGCCAAGUUUGUAGGGAAUAAUGACAAGGGCAGCGACAGCCGGUUCUUCACCACCCAGAAGAAGGGUGAGAUGCACGAGCUUCGUAUGGAGCUGCAUUCUACCGAUCGCAAUGUGAAAGUGGACGCCGUCAAGAAAGUGAUUGCCAGCAUGACUGUCGGCAAAGACGUCAGUAUGCUCUUUACCGAUGUCCUCAACUGCGUUCAGACGGGCAACAUUGAGUUGAAGAAAUUGGUGUAUCUCUAUCUCAUCAACUACGCCAAGACGCAGCCAGAACUGACGCUUUUGGCGGUCAAUACGUUUGUCAAAGAUGCCAGUGACGCCAAUCCGCUGAUUCGGGCAUUGGCCGUCAGAACCAUGGGUUGUAUCCGUGUGGAUCGAAUCACCGAGUAUCUCUGCGAGCCACUCUCGCGAGCAUUGAGAGACGAAGAUCCCUACGUGCGCAAAACCGCCGCAGUCUGUGUGGCCAAGCUCUACGAUAUUGCACCCGAAUUGGUCGCCGAACGUGGAUUUUUGGAAAUCCUCCACGAUCUCAUCAGUGACAGUAACCCAUCCGUCGUGGCCAAUGGAGUGGCAGCACUCUCGGAAAUUGCCGAAACAUCCGGAAAAGAUGUCAUGAAAAUUUCUGCUAGUGUAUUGCAAAAAUUGCUCGCGGCGCUCAAUGAAUGCACGGAAUGGGGACAAGUCUUUAUUCUGGAUAGUUUGGCCAAAUACACACCCGCCGAUGGACGUGAAGCCGAGGGCAUUAUCGAACGUGUCACGCCUCGUUUGCAGCACGCUAAUUCUGCCGUCGUCAUGUCCGCAGUCAAGGUUAUUUUGAGCUAUAUGGAACUCAUGGGAAGUCAAAACAGCGAUGUCAUUCGGGCAUUGACCCGAAAAUUGGCUCCUCCUCUCGUCACUCUCUUGAACAGUGAACCAGAAAUUCAAUAUGUGGCACUCCGCAAUAUUAACUUGAUUGUGCAAAAACGCCCCACAAUUCUGGAACAGGAAAUCAAGGUAUUUUUCUGCAAGUACAAUGAUCCCAUCUAUGUCAAGAUGGAAAAGCUCGAAAUCAUUAUCAAAUUGGUCAGUGAAAAGAACAUUGAUCAAGUCCUUCUCGAAUUGAAGGAAUACGCCACCGAAGUUGAUGUCGACUUUGUACGAAAAGCUGUCAGUGCCAUUGGGCGAUGCGCUGUCAAGUUGGAGCGAGCUGCCGAACGAUGCAUUGGUGUCCUCUUGGAGCUCAUUCAGACCAAAGUCAACUAUGUGGUGCAGGAGUCUGUCAUUGUCAUUAAAGACAUUUUCCGUCGCUAUCCCAAUCGAUACGAAUCCAUCAUUGCCACCUUGUGCGACAACUUGGAUACUCUGGAUGAACCUUUGGCCAAGGCUUCCAUGAUUUGGAUCAUUGGGGAAUAUGCCGAACGUAUCGAUAAUGCCGAUGAGCUCUUGGACACGUUCUUGGAAACAUUUGAAGAGGAGGAUCCCGCUGUGCAGCUACAACUAUUGUCUGCUACUGUCAAAUGCUUCUUGAAGAACCCCGAAGAUACGCAAGACAUGGUGCAGAGGGUGCUGGAUUUGGCAACAGAGGAAUCUGAUAACCCCGAUCUUAGGGACAGAGGGUUCAUUUACUGGCGUCUCUUGUCGACUGAUCCAGAGGCUGCCAAGAUGGUGGUCCUCGGAGACAAGCCGGUCAUUGAAGAUGAUACCUUCAAGCUAGACCCUUCCCUGUUGAAUGUACUGAUUGGUCAGAUUGCCACCCUGUCCAGUGUCUACCACAAGCCUCCAGAAUCGUUUGUCGUACGUCGAGGCGCAGGGGAAACCAAUGAAUUUGAUGAUGACGACGAUGAUGAUGAUGACGAAGACUACGAGGGAGGCGGUGAAGGUGAGGUCGACCUCUUGGAUAUGGGUGGUCUUGGGAUUGCCGAUGGAGCCGGAGGUGCACAGUCCAAAGAACGACAAGUUCCAUUGCAGAAGGUUUGUGGUCCCGAAAAGAGUGGCGGACUUGAGAUCUCGGCAGGCUUUACACAAAGGAAGCGCAAGAUUCGCCUCGAGAUUGAGAUCAACAACAUUAGCAGUGCUACCGAAGUUGCGAGUUUGGCAAUUCAGCUGAACAAGAACAGUUUCAGUUUGAGUCCUGCAUCGCAGCAGAUUGUGUGCAACCCACCUGUUGCUAAAGGCAGCACUGGUCGCACGUUCUGUGAGCUUGUUAUCAAUGCGAACAUGAUGGCUCCUCCUCCUGCGGCGGGACAGCCAGUAUCUCCCCAGGUGCAGAUUGCCAUCAAAAACAUGACCAGUGGCACUGUGUUUUACUUUGCUGUGAACUGCAACUUUGAAGCACUCUUUAGUGCCGAUGGUGCCAUGGAGCGUAGUGCUUUUAUUGAAAGCUGGAAGUCAAUUGAUGACAGGUCUGAAUUGUACGGAACGGUCAGCGAUUUGCCACCUGGCGCUGCCGAUAUCGAAAGCGUUCAAAAGAAGUUCUUGCAGAACAAUGUCUUCUUCAUUGCCCGCCGUCCCGUCCCUGGUGCUGAGGGUCAGGAAGUUGUCUACUUUAGUAUGAGAACUGUUUCUGAGAUGGAGUUCUUGGCUGAACUAACCUUCAAGCAAGGCGUCAAUGCCUGCAAAGUUUGUCUGAAGACAGAGAAUACUGCAUAUGGACUCCUUGCAAAGCAGGCGUUGGAAUCUCUCCUACGUUAUUGAGCAGGAGGCGACCGUUCAGUAGCGCUAGCGACACAGCAUUCGUGAAACCUUGCAAUUAACUCAGAUCUUAGGAUUACUCUUUCUUUCU